UGGUGGUCGCCGUGGCGGUUGGGCAGCCGAUGGACUCCAGCCGGGGAGCCGCGCUGGCUUUCGGACCCUGGACGCAGUAGGCUGGCAGCGGGAGCUCUCCUGGUCCUCUAAAGUGGCUGCCAGGUGGAUCUAUGUUCCUGGAGGAACCGGGAGCGAGCCGAGGCGAAGAGGCGGAAGUUUGAGCCGGCGAGGAUGCAGCCCGUCUAUUGGUACGCCGUGCUUCUCUUGCAGCCUGCCCUCUACCUGGUCACAUGUGGAAAUUUAACCAGUGGUGGGAAAUCAGAACUUCUAAAAACAGGCAGUUCAAAAUCCACGCUAAAGCACAUAUGGACAGAAAGCAGCAAAGACUUAUCUAUCAGCCGGCUGCUCUCACAGACUUUUCGUGGCAAAGAGAAUGAUACAGAUUUGAGCCUGCGGUAUGAUGCCCCAGAGACGUAUUCUGAGCAAGAUCUCUGGGACUGGCUGAGGAACUCCACAGACCUCCAAGAGCCGCGGCCCAGAGCAAAGAGGCGACCGAUUGUCAAAACUGGGAAAUUUAAGAAAAUGUUUGGCUGGGGCGAUUUUCAUUCCAACAUCAAGACAGUCAAGUUAAACCUGUUGAUAACUGGGAAAAUAGUUGAUCAUGGCAAUGGGACGUUCAGUGUUUACUUCAGGCAUAAUUCAACCGGCCAAGGGAAUGUAUCGGUGAGCUUGGUGCCCCCGACGAAAAUAGUGGAGUUUGACUUGGCACAACAAACAGUGAUUGAUGCCAAAGAUUCCAAGUCCUUCAACUGCCGCAUUGAAUAUGAAAAAGUUGACAAGGCCACCAAGAACACCCUCUGCAACUACGACCCUUCAAAAACAUGUUACCAGGAGCAGACCCAAAGUCACGUCUCUUGGCUUUGCUCCAAGCCCUUUAAAGUAAUCUGUAUUUACAUUUCCUUUUAUAGUACAGAUUAUAAACUAGUACAGAAGGUGUGCCCUGAUUACAACUACCACAGUGACACGCCUUACUUCCCCUCAGGUUGAAGUGGACGAUGUGUCUGAGACUGGACCCUGGGAAAAAAAAUAAUUAAUAAAAAAUAAUAAUAUUAAUUUCAAAAAAAUAAAAUAAAAAGAGGUCAUAUGACAGGGCUGUUACCUCAAAGAAGAAGGCCACAUCUCUUGCCUGGAAUGUGUCUACCCUCUGCUGCUGCUGACAACUGGCUGCAAAUAUGUUAGUGGAAACCAAUCUAAUGCCAUUUCUGCCCAGUCAGCUCCAUGUAUAUCAGUCCAGUUGUAAAUCACUGUGGAUUUUAAAUAACGCUGCACACAGUUUUUCCCUCUCUCUAUCUGCUUCCCCCUCUUUGCGGCUUGCAUCUAUUGAGAUUCUUGUUGAGAAGGCUUUCAUUGUCUGAUAUAUAAUGUUUCUGGAUAACCUAUCAUCAAGCAAAAAGGAUUAACUAGUCAAAGAAUGGUUUCUUACACAGACUGUUAUGGAAAUCUCCUUUUAAAGUCUUGAAUACAUGAUAGUCAAUAAUCCCCACUCAUGCAUUCUAUCACUUGGAGUAGCUGUACUGGUAAAUAAUACUGUGUAGGAGUAAAUGCUUGUUAAAAUGGGGCAAGGGAGGGGGGAAUGUCUGUAUCUAGAGGUUGGUAUUUUGCUUUACAUGAACACAACAAAGUGUAGUGACUUUUCUCCAGCAUACAGUGGGCACAUUCAAGGUGGUAGGUGGUCAUUUUUCUGCCAGGAAGGCCUGUUGAACUAAUAAAGAUGAGCAAACAUUUGGAAUUUACACAUGAACAAACCUAUGGUUUUAUAUUUGGGUACUCAUCACUUCAAACAUGUAGAGUCAACCGAGACCAACCAAGAUGCUCUUCAAGCACCGUAUAGGAAGGAAAAUGCCUGGUAGGUGACAUGUAAGUUGUAAGUGUCUGUCUUAUCUUUAUUACACAAUAUUGUAACAAAUUCAAUAUCCUAGUCUUCAUUUGUAUGAAUGGUUUGUAUUGUACAUAGUUUAACCUGUGUUAUUUGAGCUGCUUAUUAAUAUUAACUUGUAACUGUCUCUCUGCUUGUUAUUGGUUAAAAACAAAAACAAGGGAAAUGAGGAAUCCAUUUUAUCAAUGUAGCUGUAAACUCCAUUUAAGAAGACAGAGUUCUGUACAAAGCAUUUAUUCCGCUAAAGUAUUGUUGAAAGCUAUACACUUACAACAUUUACAGUCUGUCUGUAUUUAGAUCUUUUAUUUCCAGGUGAAAACAGAUUGAACUGUACAUAAAAUAAAAUACUUAAAUUCAAAUUUCAAUAUGCACUCUGUAGAUGGUGGUUUAAACAGUGCUAACAGAAGACAGACACGGCAAAGUUUGCCUUAUUUGCACAAUACAUAUGUUUAAGAUUUUGUCAUCCAUUCUGUUCCCAAUCAAAGUUAAGUGCUAUGGAUUUUGUGCAUGAUCAGAGUUUGAAAAAGCUUAUCUUUUUUGGGUGACAGGACCUAGAAUUAUCUGGUCAAUGGCAGAGCUGGCUGGAGGAAUCUAAGAAUUGCAGCCCGCACUCCCAAAAGUAACUUUUGAAAGCUCUGUGUGAUUUCUAUAGAAUUUUGGAUUGGCCAGGAUAAGUUAGGUCAAAACCAGAUGGGGGCAAUGAUAUGUGAUGAGAAGAACUUUGCAAAGGAAGGCUUGUGGCAGUGGUUUUCUAUAAAGGAAAAGGUGUGGGGAAUAAAAAUGCAACCUGAGCAAGUUGUAUUGAUUGUGUGAAGCCACUCCCACCCAUUUUCUCCCAUCCCAUCACCACCACCACCAUAUUCAAUAGCUUCCAUCAGGCCUUGUUUUCCCCUAGCGACACUGGAAGGACGUUAAAUGGCUGGAGAGGAAUACAUUUCAACACAAGCAAAGUGUGGUUACACAAGACCAAAAGUGUAUUUGAAUUGGGUUUAGCAUGUUUUAAAUUGAUAUUUAAAA